AUGGUUUCCCUGGCAGAAGAGACCAAAGUAAAGGACUCGCUGAAAGGCCACUGUGCAAUGAAGCACCGUUUUCUGGAUCAUCGAGUUUUGUUCAGGGUGACUGAUCAAAACAGGCUUCCUUUUCCACGUCUCCAGCAGAACCUUCUCCAAGUGAGCAGUAGAGACAAACAUUCAGAGGAAUGUGACUUCUCUACACUGGAGUGGUUACAGAGGCUUCAUGCAGCAGAUGGACUUUGGCUGAGUCCUAUGGGGCAGACUGAAAUAGACAUACAGAGAGGAAAGGUCGGGCCACUGCAGCCUAGGAGAUUAGCACAGUGUGAACUGGGGUUCUGUGGCUUGAUGACUCUUGUCCCCACUCUCAAUGACCACCCUGUAGAGAAUGGCUGUGACUGGUCUGUUUUUCAGGUGGCAUUUCUGGUGGUGCUGACCAUCUUUGGAAUACAAUCUCAUGGAUACGAAGUUUAUAAUAUCAUCAGCCCAAGCAACAAAGGUGGCAAUGUUCAGGAGACAGUGACAAUUGACAAUGAGAAAAAUACCGCCAUCAUCAACAUCCAUGCAGGAUUAUGCUCUUCUACCACCAUUUUUGACUACAAACAUGGCUAUAUUGCAUCCAGGGUGCUCUCCCGAAGAGCCUGCUUCAUCCUGAAGAUGGACCAUAAAGCCAUCCCUGCUCUGGACCAACUCAAACGGUUCAUCUAUGAGAGGCAGGCUAUGAACAGCAUGUUCUCCAACAAAUACACUUGGGUCAAGUACAACCCUCUGAAGUCUCUGCUCACAGAAGUGGACUGGUUCCUGUUGGGGUCACCCAUUCAGCAACUCUGUGAUCAUAUCCCCUUGUAUAAGGGGGAAGUGGUUGAAGAAACAGAUGAUGUCAGUGCUGGAGGAUGUGUGAAGACUGGGCUCCUGGGCAUCUUGGGAAUUUCCAUCUGUGCAGACAUUCACAUAUAG